CAAAUGUCUCGUUAGUCGGCUUUCGAAACGUGAAAUAGCUCGUUGAAAACGGAAGUCGAGCGAGAAGGAAGGUCAAUGCAACAGGUUGCAUUCACGGUCAAUCGUACAAGCUUGCCCAUCAUUUUCCACGCUCGGCUAUUUUCUUUCCGACCUCGACUCCUUUCUGCCUUCUUCUUACUACCCUCGCUUUUCCUACCUCGAUGUGGAACAACGUCCCACUUUGCCCGCUAACAACUCGAAACGCUUCUCUCUUCGGUUUCAUCGCAUGUGCCAGAGUUUCUCAAACGACCACGUAAUGAUCUGGGCAUCAUUGUCAUGGUCAUUUUUCCUAUUACCUUUCAAUAUGAUGGAACGGCACGGAAUACGAAAAUACAUAGCAGGUUCAAUUUGUAUGCGAACAACGAAGUUCCAUUAUUUUCGGUUUCAAUAGGUAGAGAAUGUUUCUUUUACUCGUUUAAAUUUCCCUUUUCUUUUCAUUCAAUUUUCAAUGAAUUUUUAUUCAACUUGGGAAAUCCUUCGAAAAUAGAUUGAGAAUCGCUGACCUUGUUAUGCAGCAUCGAUUUUACACAUACAUAAUAGCUGCAAAGUGCACGUGUUGAUAUGCGAAUACCGUAAGCAGGAGGACUAGAUUUCCGGUUUUGACGACAAAUUGGAUCUGUUUGUUGGUCGCAUGCGUGUGCCUCGUCGAAGCCAGGUACAAGAUCCGAAGACCACCAUUGCCCCCUCUCCAACCGGCAAAAUUAAUGUACAAAAAAGCCUGGCCAAUGACCCACAGAAUCUCCACAGGGAAUAUGAUGCAUAUCAAUGGGAACGUGCCAAAAAGAAUGGUUCCAAAACUUCCAAAUUACAGAAUUCGUCGACCACCCAUGUUCAGUAUGCCUCCCGUUAUUUGGAAGCAACAAAUGCCAAUGAGAGCCCCUUUGAACAACCACGCGGUUCUUCCGCAGCGUCCACCAGUGAAGGAGUUUCAUUCGGUGAAUAAAAUGCCGGAGUACAGUCCAGAGUACAGGCCGGAAGCCGCUGUCUUACCACCGACUCAUAGAGGCAGCGUUGACGAUGACAAAGGACCCAUUCAUACAAUUCCUGCGCCGAAUCUUAGUCCUAUGGACAAGCCUUUUAACGGUGAAAUGAAUGCCGAAGAAAUGGCUCAACGUCAGCAGACGACCGACGCUGCUUACAAAAUUAAUGCUCAUGUAGGUUCCAUACUGCAAAACUUUGACCUUGCCACCAUUGGCACCAGCUUGGCACCUCAGAAACCGGUGACCAGUCCUACGCCGACUCAGCAUCAAUACGAAGUUACCGAAACCAAUGGUGUCAGUCAGAAAGAAUAUCAAACGGUUCUACCAACGUUCAUACCACCGGAAUACGCAACGCUCUCUACGUUAAUUAAUCCCGAUUUCCAGUCUAACGAUGUCUUCUUGAAUAACCAUCCGGCGUCUAAUAUCGGUCUCAUUGGAACCAACAUUCAACUUGGACAACCUAAUCUACCAAUGCAAACGAAUCUUCACAGUUCCCUGCACGUUGGAUUCCCGGGUACCGCUGGCCAAACGCCAUACAUUAUAAAUCAACAGAUACCCGAUUUACACGUGGGUCAUCCGGCACCAGCUGGUCCCCCACUUUCGGCUACUCAACUUUAUGAUCUUCUAAACAGUUUCCCUCAAAAGAUACCUGAACAAUAUCAAGCAGGUCAACAACCACAGCUUCAACAACAUAUUCUUCAGCAACAACUCGGUCAAUUCUUCCAACCUACCGGAGUAACAGGUUUCUCCCAGCCCCAGAUGCAAUCGUUCAAUUACGACGAGCAGGAUAACAAGGAACAACAGCAACAACAACAACAGCAGCAGCAGCAGCAGCAGAUUUUAUUCAAUCCAGAAUACGUCGCUGAAAGAGUGAACACUAAUUAUAACGUUGAACAAGAAGUUUCUAUAGACGAUCAGGAGAAUAAUAAUCUACGUCAAGAUGAUGAGCUUGCUUAUAUUAACGAAGGGGCCGAGCAAUUAGAGAAUAACAUCGACUAUGAAGAUACUAAUACUCAGAAAGGUCAAACAACAUAUUUCAACAAAGUAUCAAACAACAAUGGUAUAUCUUCACAAUUUUAUACAACGCUACCGAAUCGCGAAGCAGCUGAAAAAUUAGCUGCUCUGGCUGCGGCUGGUAAUGUUAACAGUCAACUGAUCGGACAACUUAGGAAACAACAGCAACAACAUGAAAAUAUGCAGAACGAGGAGGCUAUGCCUCCGAAUCACAAGAAUGAAGAUUACGAUCAGACUUAUCAAGACAGGACGCAUAACAGACAGAAACAUAGACAAAGUCAACAGGAACAGGAACAACAAUUGCAGAAGUACGAAGAACAACAGAAGGAAUACGAAAGACAACAGGAACAACAUCGUCAAAGACAGAGCGCCGUGUACAGUAAUAAACGACCCCUGAGAAUCAUGGUACCAGAUGAGAAUGAUUAUAAUAACGAAUCUCAGAAUAAUCAGUCGAAGGAGAACACUGAAGUUGAAUAUGAAUAUGAAAAUGAUGAAGCUGAUGCUUUGAAUUCGCAAUCUAAUUCGUCGUAUGAUGGGAGAAAUUACGAACAAUCAAACGCGGAAUUUGGCUCGCGUUUGAGUCCAAAGAAUGGAGCAUAAUUAUUGGCUGAAGAGUAUCUUGUACAUAACGUUGAACGCGAAUAUUUAUUGCAAUUUUAAUUUUUCGAUUA